UUUCAACUUACAUUUCAAACUUCCUGACCCAAAGGACUUCCAAUUGUUUACAAAAUGUUCCACAAACUUUUAUGUUUUCUAAGAUUUGUGCACUGUGUAGAGUGGACUAGAAGGGAAUUAUAUCCUAGUUUUAUAGAGAGGGAUUGAAUGAGCCAGUUUAGGAUUCACAGUAAUGAUGCUAGGUUACUACAUUUUCUUGUGCAUAUAAUGCUUCAUGUAUUGUUUUGAUUAUUUAUAUUCACAUUUUACUGUAUUUACAUUUUUGAAAUCAUGGCAACAAAUUAAGAAUUUUUUAAAAAAAUCAUUUAAAAUAGACUUUGGAAAAUCUGCUCCCAGGGUGAAAUUUCUUAACAUAAUUCUUUAAUUCACCUCAGCUUAUUUGUCCCUUGGUUUUGUUAUGUUGUACUUCAUUAAUAUUCAUUUGUAGCAUCAGAUGUUAGGCUGUAUUUAAUUUUCAUCAUCUUGAUUUCCAUAACUGGUUAUACGACUUGAUGAGAAAAAAUAUAAAGUGGAUUUUGCUUCUUGAAGAAAAGACAUCAAACUAUCAUAAUCAUACUGGGACUGUCAGUUCAAAUUAAUCAACUGUUUCUGUUUUACUGGCAGGACAGAGGGAGAGAGAGAGAAAGAUUGAGAGAGACGGCAUAAAACUCAAUCAGUGCUCAGGAAGAAGAGAAUCUGUUCUUCUAGGUCUGAAUAAUCAAGUGCAUAUGUUUUUAAUUGGCAACAUCUUUGUACUCUGUGCUUCAUUUAAAUGCUUUUAUUUGGUGUGUUGAUUUUCUGUGAUUAUUCAUGUUUCUAUAUGUCCUGAUAAAAUAAUUUAAACAAUCAAUUAAAUCAACCUAAGUAAGCAUAGAAUUAAAUACAGCAGAGAAAUCUUCUUUGCUGACAAGGAGUGAUAGCCCCUGAUUAGCGUAACCUUCACAUGGGGGGGAUUGUUUUACUUAUCUAACAAAAAGGGGGCACUUUCUGAAACACACACAACAGGUAUUGUUUCUGCAGAAAAAAGAAGCACGUGUCUGACCACAUUUGUCUAAGGAAAAGGGAAACUUCAUUUACAAUAACCUUAAGCAAUGUUUUCACAUGGACUGAAAAGCAAAAGACCCCCUUAAAAAUUAGCCUCAAGCAGCAGAUACUCUCUUUGUAGGUUUGUGUGUCUCCGUGAGGUCAGAUGGCUUCCCCAAACACGGUUUUAGAGAGAAUCACAGCCUUUAAUAGAUCCUCUGUUAAAAAAGACUGUUAGAGAAAGUCGACCAAGGGCUUCGUUCCACGACGACCGUUUCCUGCGUGUGCAGCUCCACACAGCGACCGCGGCCUGCAAUGCGCGGAGCACAGCGCGGCCUCUUCCAGCCGCAGCUCGGGAGCAGCGGCGGCGGCUGGUGGCCACCUCAGGGAAAUAAAGCCAUUGCAGCUGUAGCAAAAUGGCUCAAAGUCCAACCAAAACCCGGCCUUUUCCUGUGAGUAAAUACGCGGCCAGUUUGGUUUUCCGUCCCAAGUGAUUCCCGGCUCAAUAACGUUUCUCUUCCAGGAAACCCACUGGAACUCCACUGGCUGUGCCGCCUCCUAGCGCGUCCCCCGCGCACGCCGCAGGCCGGUGCUUGGAAAGCGCGAUGUCCCCGGGAGGGAAGAUCUCCUACCUGGAAUGGAUGGUUCCAGACCAGCGGGAACGCGCUCUAAUCCUUGAUGGAAGCAAACGUGGGAGGAAAGCACAACGUCUAGGACUUCCCUCUAGUGUCAGAACAGGAAGAAGAACCUGAAAAUUCGCCGGGGAAGGCAGGCCAGGAGCAGGCGUCCGGCCCCUUCCCACAGCCCGGGAGAAAUUAGCGUUGCGCCCCGCCCCUCCCCGACCCCGGUCCCCACCACACACACCAGCGCCCCUCGCCAGUCUUUCUCAAAUUUCCUCUCACGUCUAUCAACAACCUCCUGGUGCAGAAAUCUGCACUGCACAAGUUAGGAGCCUGCAAGGGCGGGCGGUGUUACAGUCUCGCUCUUUCCAUCUUCCCCCUUUACAUAGUUUCAAAGUCCACAUGGCCCUGGUUUUGACAACAGUUUCCAACAGUUUCAACGUUAUGUAUUUCAACUUCCCGUCUCAGUUCACUGGCGUCUGCACCCGUUGCCGAGUGUGGGUGGCGGAGCCCUGGGUGACAGCACUCGGGACCACGCACCCAUACCCUUCUUUAUGCUCGUUGUCAGCCAGUUGCCAGGAGCAGUGGAACAGACACAAGUGGGGGCUGUUUGGAGCGGGAGUGAAGAGCCUGCAAGGCCCGGGAGAGCGCGGAUUCCGGAGUAGGGAGGCAAGGGGGCAGCGUGGGAGACCAGAGGGAAAAUGGGCUGAAAAGCCAAGCAAAAAAACAACGUAGAUUGGGCUUUGCUCCGGCUUUACAAAGGCAGAGAUGGUCGAGCCCUCUGACUGACUUUGUGCCUUCUUUAUCCCGUCCUUUGUGAAAUAAGCCGUUUUUCUGCCCCCCUGCAGGAGCCUAGGCUGUGGGCGACUCGCUAGCACUGCCCUGGGCCUCCAAGCUCCCUGCUCGCUGAGCCCAGCGCCGACACUCACAGGAGCUGCGUUCGCCGGAUCCUCUGAGAGGCUCUGCGACGAUCCCGAUCCAAUUCAGCAGCGUUUUAAAAGGUAGCCGAGUGGAGAUGCUUUUUCUUGUCUUUUUCAUUAUUUCAUUCUCUGUCUUUUAAAAUUUUAACAAUAACCUGUCGUUUCCGCGUGGAGGGUCUAAGAAUCUUCACUGGGUUUAAUUUAGGAAUUUCAAAUUGGGUUUCUCAAAAUUUGAAUGUGGUCCCCUUAAUUGGUAAUCAAGAAUCGCGGAGUCUUCCAAAAUAGCCCUUUUCAUCUUAUGUAAUUAAAGAUCCACGAGCUUUCCAAAGAAGCUCUGGAUUUUCCACGGUACAAUCUAUGUAUUUUUUUUCUCUCUCUCCCUCUCUCUCUCUCUCUCUGCCUCUCUCGUGAGUGUGUGUGCGCGCCCCUGUGCGUGCGUUUUCUUUCAUUUCUGGCAUUAGGAAACUCGUUCAGGGCCACUGAAAAGUCGGGGGAGGCUCAGAUGCUAUUUCACACGGAUUCCUGUUUUUCCGGAAACGUUGUCACCAAAUAAGUAUGAGACUGUUAAUUUGGAGAAACAAUUAGCCCCUAUUUAAAAAAAAAAAAAGAACCGGAGGGGAGAAGGCUAGGGUGGAAGACAAGGAAGCUGCUGCUUGGAUUCGCUGGUGGAGGAAAAGUGCGACCUGGACCUGGGCUUGGGGGCUCCCGUCCCCUUACUUCAGCACCAGAGGGGAUGGACAGCGUCUCCGGACUAGGCUGCAGCCACAGGGACGGAACUACGCUGCCGCCGCCGCUGUCCUUGCCGCCACUGUCGUCGCCACGGGCAGCUGGGCUACUUGCUUCUCGCAGCUAAAAGGUGGUGCCUCCUAUACCCCCUCGCCUCCCGGCCCCCUUCCUUAAUGGAUGAAAAGUACCCCUCCCUCUACACCUGCUGUACCUAAGGACAGGACUCUGAGGAGUACUCUUGCUCCACAGAUUAAACUCUCAGCAGCAACUUCAAGAAUCAUUUUCUAUAGGGGCCUGGGAGGAAUUCUGGAGGAGAGUAAAGUCGAAGUUCUUACAAGCUCUGAGAAAUCAUGGGCCGUGCGGUAGGGGUCGAAAUGCUCAAAGGCCCACACUUCUUGAAAUAAACAGAAUGGUCUUGAGUGGAUUGCAACUGUUUUGGAAAUAGCUUUGUGAAAAGAGGGUGGAGAGCUACUCAAAAUUCUACAUUACAGAGACUGAAAAGACAUCUAAUUUCAUUGCUCGGCAGCUUUUGGUCUCUAUAAACCUGAACCCUCUUGGCACUCCUGCAGACACACAAAGCCUGGAAGAGCAAGGGGCUAAAGCUAUAGGAACCAACACCAACUGCUCGAGAUGAAGCUUUUUGUCCUUUAAAUCCAGCCUGCUCUCCAGAAUGUUGAGAUUGCCCGAGAAGUGACCCCAGCAAAAGAAAAAUAUUGCUCUACCUAAAUUCAAACGACAUCCUUUGUGGUGCCAUAGCACAUGGAUUUCAGAACCGCCUGUGAGGAGACAAAGACAGGAAUUUGUUUGCUGCAGGAUGGUAACCAGGAGCCUUUCAAAGUCCGGCUGCACCUAGCCAAAGACAUUUUGAUGAUCCAGGAACAGGAUGUGAUAUGUGUGUCUGGUGAGCCUUUCUAUUCUGGUGAAAGAACGGUGACCAUCAGAAGACAAACAGUAGGAGGAUUUGGAUUAAGCAUAAAGGGAGGAGCAGAACAUAACAUUCCAGUUGUCGUUUCAAAAAUCUCCAAAGAACAAAGAGCGGAACUUUCAGGACUACUCUUUAUUGGAGAUGCAAUUCUACAGAUAAAUGGCAUUAAUGUGAGAAAAUGUAGACAUGAAGAAGUGGUUCAGGUUCUGCGGAAUGCUGGAGAAGAAGUGACUCUAACAGUUUCAUUUUUAAAAAGAGCACCUGCUUUCCUCAAACUCCCAUUGAAUGAAGAUUGUGCAUGUGCUCCAAGUGACCAGAGCAGUGGCACCUCCUCUCCUCUCUGUGACAGUGGCUUACAUCUCAACUACCACCCCAACAAUACAGACACAUUAUCAUGCUCGUCGUGGCCGACAUCUCCAGGUUUGAGGUGGGAGAAGCGAUGGUGCGACCUCAGACUGAUCCCUCUACUUCAUUCGCGCUUCUCUCAGUAUGUGCCCGGCACAGAUUUGAGUCGGCAGAAUGCCUUUCAAGUCAUUGCUGUGGAUGGGGUCUGCAGUGGGAUUAUUCAGUGCCUCUCUGCUGAAGACUGCAUUGACUGGCUACAAGCAAUAGCAACUAACAUUUCAAAUCUCACAAAGCACAAUAUUAAAAAAAUCAACAGAAACUUUCCUGUAAACCAGCAGAUUGUCUACAUGGGCUGGUGUGAAGCCCGUGAGCAAGACCCCCUCCAGGACAGAGUGUACUCCCCGACCUUCCUGGCCCUGAGGGGCUCAUGUCUCUACAAGUUUCUGGCACCUCCAGUGACCACCUGGGACUGGACGAGAGCAGAGAAAACAUUCUCAGUUUAUGAGAUUAUGUGCAAGAUCCUCAAGGACAGUGACCUGCUGGACCGACGGAAACACUGCUUCACCGUGCAGUCUGAGUCUGGGGAGGACCUGUACUUCUCAGUGGAGCUGGAAAGUGACCUCGCCCAGUGGGAAAGAGCCUUCCAGACAGCAACCUUUCUAGAAGUAGAACGGAUACAGUGCAAGACCUAUGCAUGUGUGCUAGAAAGUCAUCUCAUGGGACUCACAAUUGACUUCAGCACAGGAUUUAUCUGCUUUGAUGCUGCAACAAAGGCUGUCCUUUGGAGGUAUAAAUUCUCUCAGCUUAAAGGUUCUUCAGAUGAUGGCAAGAGCAAAAUCAAAUUUUUGUUUCAGAAUCCAGAUACUAAACAGAUUGAAGCAAAGGAGUUGGAAUUUUCUAAUUUAUUUGCUGUUCUUCACUGCAUUCAUUCCUUCUUUGCUGCCAAGGUAGCUUGUUUGGACCCUCUAUUUUUAGGCAAUCAAGCUACUGCUUCUGCUGCUGCCAGCUCUGCUACUACGAGCAAAGCAAAGUAUACAACUUGAUGUACUGAACUCUGCAUUGACACACACCAUGACUGUAUAAGCAGAACGCAUUUACUCAUCAUUUUAGACCCUAGAGAAACCAUAACAUCACCAAGUCGACAGUGGAAGCAAAUCAAAAUUUCGGCAGAAAAAAGAAGGUCAUGUGGAACCUCAAAAACACUUCUAUUCUGGAUGACAUCUGUGAAACAUACUACAUGAACAGAACAGCUUGUUCUCACUCAGUUGCUUUGUACCAGUAAGUAUAUUGCUUUCAACAAAAGUGGAGACAAAAGAAUGAAUUAUUUGAAGAAGUAUGUAAAUAAUAUAAAAAUAGUAAGCUACCUAUAAAUAAAAAUACUUAUUAAAUGAUUACUUCUGUAUUUUAGAUUAUUUUGUAUGACUAGUACAUGUUGGGCAGAGUCAUAGGAAAACGAAUGCCCUAUCAUUGUAUUAUGAGGGACAUAAAAGAUAUAAACCAUAAAUCAGCAAGGAGCAUGCCAAAAAAUCUCAUCAAAGAAGGAUGCACUUUAAUUUGCUGAUGUAAAUUUGCCCUUGUGUUUUCAUCCCAUGAUUUGACACUGGCACUCCAACUGUUUUUAUCUUAUUGUAAAUAUUCCAAAGAACUUCCAAGGGAUAAUUACAUUGACCCAUGAUAGAUACAAUGUGAAAUGGACUAUUCUCCCUUGGAUUACUGUUAUUGAAAUGUCUUAUUAGCUGCCAAAGUCAAUCAAGUAUGCCAACAAUGUAUUAAUUUAAUUAUGAGUGAUGGAAAAUUUCAUGAAUCUCUCAUUUCUUCCUUGGUUUUAAAGAGAUUUAUAUUUUACCUAAUAAGAUUUAUUAUCAAAUUAAAGUUUCAUAAAUUUUCAGUGAACCCAAAACCUUUUGUAGACAAAAUAAUAUAAACAAAUAUGGUAUGAGAAACAAUUCUUUGUAAUUCGAAGUCUACUAGUUAAUCAUGAACUAAAAUGUCCCUCGAAAACAGACCCUAAGCUAUUAUAUAUGUUAAUUAAAUGAAAUUUUUCCAUUUUAGUACUAUUUUAUGAGAAACAAAGGUGAUAUUUAAAGAUAAAAUUAAAAUCUUUAUCCUCCCUUGUCACAGAAAGUGAUUAAGUAAUGCCAACUAUGCAGGUUAUUUUAGAUAUUUUGUCAUAAGAAUGUAAAUGUGAAAGGCUGGGAAAUUUGAAAGCCUUAGAGGUGUGCAAUUUACUCAGAUUCCAGGUAUUAUACAACUAGUUGUAUAACAUGGAACACAUUCUCUGUCCUUUAGUACAGCUUUUUUGAGAUAUAAAAGUCAGCUGUGUAUGUAAAAAAAAAAAAAAGCUUUUUUAUUGAUACACAUGCUCCCAGGUAAACCAAGUAUUAUGUGUGUCCUUGUGGAGAUAAUCAAGUAUCUAAUAAAUUGAUUCAAUUUUCUUUUUUUUUUGCAAAUAUGUUUUUAAAAAUCACUCAAGAAGGAAACAAAAUGAUUUCUAUAAAGGACAGAUCUAUUAAUUUAAAAAAUUAAUAUCAACUUGUUUUUAUACUCAUGAUUCAUUAAUUUAUUUUGCAUCAGAUUAAUCUGUAAAUACCUCAAAUUGAAAAGAAAAAGUGUGGGUUUAUAAUUGUCCCUAGGAAAAUGUUAAACUGAAUCUAACGUACCUUACCCAAAGAACUGUGGCAAAUUACAAUAAACAGUUUCAAUGUAAUGUAUUUUGACCAUAAAACUAAGUACACAUUUGUAAUUAGGACAGAACUUUAGAAUUAUUGCACACUAUGUUGAUCAAACACAACAGUCAUUUUAAAUUGAAACCCACCAAAAGCAGCCUUCAGUAGUAGGCCACUUCUGAACUUAUGGAGAAAAAGCAGUGGGAUAUAUCGAACUUAGAAUUUUCAGCUGUGGCAGGUGGUUCAUUAUAGAACUUCUGCUUCCAACCAGAGCUGAAUCUCAGUGUGCCCCAUAUUGGGGUUACAUGAAUGUGUCCACAAUCUGGAAGGCAAUAUGACAUGGGCUAAUUAUCCAUAAGCAAAAGAAAAGAGUUUCAAUAGUUUACCUACCUGUAAUAGAAUGAUUUAAAAAUUGUGAAAUUUUGUAAAUGUUCCAUUUUAAAAUUUAAAAAACCUAUUAACUAUUAGCUAUCUUUUUUGUGAUAUUAUGAAAAUUUAGCCUAUGCUCAUGUGUGUUAUGAAGGAAAAGGUGCACAGUGAGAUAUGUAUAAAUAUAUAUCACCUCAGAGAAUACACACACCUACAUAUGUAUAUAUAUGCAUAUAUGUGUAUAUAUAUAAAAAUAUAAUGAAAUGCUGACCAUUAAUUAUAUUAAAAGAAUAUGUUUUGUGUACAUACAUUUAAUAUACUUUAAAUUACGUUGUAAAAUGUAACUUGAUUAAAAACUUAUGACAAUACCAUUAUGAUUAUUUUUGAUACUAUUGAUAAAAAACAUAAGCCGUGAACUUUAUUUAACAUGAUUAGUACAACGGCCAAAAAGUAACAAAAUACUAUUCUCAUUUUCAUCAGUUUAACAAUUAGUAUUUAAUGUUUCUUUACAAUGUGAUGAUUAGUCAUUGGCAUUCAUUAUAACUUGGACUACUUGAAUGAGAAAGCUUAGAAAUGAACAAAAACACUUAAUAAAUUUCUAUCAUAUAAUUUAGGUUUACAUGUAAGAGAUUUAUUCAUAAAAUCCUAGUUUGUACAUUGAGCACAUUUUAACAGCAAAACGCUAAUGUGUUAACCCCUCCAGUGCCUUGGUAUGUGUGAGCGUGUAUGUGUGUUUGGGUGUGUGUCUGUGUGUGUGUGUGUAUGUGUUAUCAUUAAAGGGUUCAUUACAGUAUACAUAACACAAGCUUGAUGGGGAAUAUUGUAGGUAUUUAGGUCAGAGAAUGAAGUUCAAAGUCAUUUGAAAACUGCUAACUACUAUAAUAAUGUCUUUUGCCUGAUAAAGAAUAACAAUUCAUCUAAGCCGAAGUAUAUUACAGAAAGGGCAUUUAUAAUUUCUUAUCUUGCAACAAGUAUUUAUUUAAAAAAUAGUUUAAUAGAUAGUGUAAGUGUAAUGUAUAUCCGAACACUUAUCCAGCUUUUUUAAAAUGGGAGGAUAAUCAGGUAAUUAUUUCUUGCCCAUAUUUCAGGCAUGUACCAACUUAUAACUUUGAAAUCUUUGCUCAUAAAGCUGUCAUUCAGCAAGAAAAAGAAAGCAAUUACUUGAAAAUAAAUGUCAAGUCCUUAUUAGCCAUGCAAGGAGAGAAAUUUUCCUUUGGGUGCAUUAGUUUAUAGAUCAACAUUUCCCUCAUUUACAGUGCUGAAGCUUGAUCAUGAACUUUGUCUAUGUUGAAUGCUGGAUUUAAGAAAAGCUUGAUUUAUUACUGAGAAAAAUUAAUAAUCCUAACAAUAAUUUAGAAUUACUGCUAGAAACCAGCAGUGUGGAGAAGCUUUAAAAGCACAAGGAUGAUCUUGUGCUUAACUUUUUAAGGUAAGUGUAGAUGUUCGGAUACUAAUAACAAAGAUUUUGCUACUAUUAAUACUGCUGUGCUCAUAAUUUCUCCUUAAGAAAUUGCUUUAUUCAUACCUCUAAAAUUGUUCUUUAUUGUUUAUUCUUACUAUCGAAUACUUUAAAAUCAUAAUGCCACUUAUUUGCACAUUUGAAUUUGCUUUUGAAAAUAAAAUAUUAUAAAUGUUAUAUAUUUUAUACAUAUUAAAAUGCAAUGAAAAGACCAGAAAUAUAAAAUGUAAAUAUAUUUAUUUCAUUUUUAAUUGUUUUGGUGGAUGUUUGUAAAAUGUAAAUUAAUAUCUGUGACAAAAAUUUGUCACUUCGUUAUUUCGGUUCAUUAAUGUACUACUAAUGAAACCUUACUUUUUUAAAUGAAGCAUACUGGAAAAUAAAAACAAAUACUUUUUACUAGA